CACAGAGUUCUAGUUUUUCUUUUGGAGAAUUCUGGGGUUCUGCAGACUUGCAGGAGUCAGGCUUUAAGCAACUGCGUGUCCUCCAGAGAAUUUGACUGUCGUCCUAUGGGAACUACGAACGGAGGAAAACUGAAGCAGCACAGAGAAGCUUCACGACCCAUAAAGGUUCAUGAAUGGUUGAAGAGGGUCAUACGUUGGUGCCUUCCAUCACAGAGCUGGCUGCGCUUCAGUCCUGGACAAUUCUUACUAAUAGGAAUUUAUCAAACUAUUGGACUGGAACAAACCUCAAGAGAUCUUCUAUGUCCAACCCCCUGGACUAAGAUUAAAGGUUUUGUGCGGAAGACUCAAUCUGCUAUUCAUCUGAGGCAGAACGGGAGUUAUAAACUUCUGACAACUGAAGAUGGUUUUCCUGUGGAUACAGUUGUUCCUGCUUUCGUUUGUUGGCUGCCUUGGAGAUCUUGACAACUUAAAAACUAAAAUGAGGAGCACAGUGUCUGUUCGAGAAGGGCAGGGAGUGGUGCUGCUUUGUGGGACGCCGCCUCAUUCUGGAGUACUGUCGUUUGCAUGGAUCUUCAAUGAAUAUCCAUCGUUUGUGCAAGAGGACAGUCGACGAUUUGUGUCCCAAGAGACGGGGCAUCUCUACAUAGCCAAAGUGGAGCCCUCAGAUGUAGGAAAUUACACCUGCGUGGUGACCAGCACCGUAACGAACAGCAGGGUGCUUGGUUCCCCGACUCCUCUGGUGCUGCGCACUGAUGGUGUGAUGGGUGAAUAUGAACCUAAAAUAGAAGUUCAGUUUCCUGAGACACUGCCUGCAGCUAAAGGUUCAACGGUGAAACUGGAAUGCUUUGCCCUGGGAAACCCUGUGCCUCAGAUAAACUGGAGAAGGACUGAUGGCCUGCCAUUUCCAAGUAAAGUAAAACUGAGGAAAUCUAAUGGCAUGAUUGAAAUCCCCAAUUUCCAGCAGGAAGAUGCAGGGCUUUAUGAGUGUAUUACCGAAAACUCAAGAGGGAAAAACAUUGCCAGAGGACGUCUCACCUAUUAUGCGAAACCUCACUGGGUCCAGAUUAUAAAAGAUGUUGAAACUGCAGUGGAGGAUACCUUAUAUUGGGAUUGUAAGGCGAGUGGGAAACCCAAACCAUCCUACAGAUGGAUGAAGAAUGGAGAACCUCUAGCAUUAGAGGGAAGGAUCCAAAUUGAAAAUGGUGCACUUAUAAUAUCAAAUCUAAAUCUGACAGAUUCUGGCACGUACCAGUGCAUAGCUGAAAACAAACAUGGAGUGAUCUCUUCCAGUGCCGAGCUCCAGGUUGUAGCUUCUGCUCCAGAUUUCUCCAAGAACCCAAUGAAGAAAUUGAUUCAGGUUCAAAUAGGCAGCACUGUUAAUUUUGAAUGCAAGCCAAAAGCUUCCCCUAAGGCAAAAUGCUCCUGGAAGAAGGGAGGUGAGCUGCUACACGAAAAUGAAAGAAUAACAUUAUUAAAAGAUGGAGGCCUACGAAUUGCUAAUCUAACUAAAUUAGAUGCUGGAAGUUACACUUGCCUGGCAGGAAACCAAUUUGGAACAGCCAGUGGAACAACAAGCUUAAUAGUUACAGAGCCAACAAGGAUAACUUUGGCCCCUUCCAAUAUGGAUGUUACUGUUGGAGAAAGUGUAAUCCUGCCCUGCCAAGUUCAGCACGAUCCCCUACUAGACAUUAGCUUCACGUGGUAUUUUAAUGGAACGCUCACGGAUUUCAAAAAAGAUGCUUCUCAUUUUGAGAAGGUUGGGGGGAGUGCAUCUGGAGACCUAAUGAUUAGAAACAUCCAGCUGAAACACAGCGGAAAAUAUGUUUGCAUGGUGAAGACGGAGGUGGACAGUGUAUCAUCUGCAGCCGACCUCAUAGUACGAGGCUCGCCUGGCCCCCCUGAAUGUGUGAAAGUGGAUGAAAUAACCGAUACUACAGCUCAGAUCUCCUGGCAAGAGGGCACAGAUAAUCACAGCCCAGUCACCACUUACACCAUACAGGCAAGAACACCUUUUUCAGUCGGUUGGCAGAGAGUCACAACAGUUCCUGAAGUCAUUGAUGGAAAAACUUUCACAGCCACAGUCGUGGAUUUAAAUCCCUGGGUUGAAUAUGAAUUCCGCGUAGUUGCCAGCAACAAAAUUGGUGGUGGAGAGCCUAGUUUACCCUCAGAAAAAGUAAGAACUGAAGAGGCAGUUCCUGAAACACCCCCAUCGGAAGUGAGUGGGGGAGGAGGCAGCAGGUCUGAACUGGUCAUAACGUGGGAUCCCAUUCCUGAAGAACUGCAGAAUGGUGAAGGAUUUGGCUAUGUCGUUGCUUUCCGACCUGUUGGCACUACGACGUGGAUACAAACUGUAGUCACAUCUCCAGAUACACCAAGAUACGUCUUUAGAAACGAAAGCAUCCUGCCAUUUUCACCAUAUGAAGUCAAAGUUGGUGUAUACAAUAAUAAAGGAGAAGGGCCAUUUAGUCCAGUAACCACAGUGUUUUCUGCUGAAGAGGAGCCUACUAUAGCACCUUCCAGUGUCUCUGCAAUUAGCCUGUCAUCUUCAGUCAUUGAAGUUUCCUGGAAUGCCAUUCCUUGGAAAAUGAGCAGUGGAAGGUUACUGGGUUACGAGGUCAGGUACUGGAAUAAUGGUGGAAAAGAAGAAUCUUCAAAUAGAGUAAAAGCUGCUGGAAAUGAAACAUCAAUAAGGAUUACAGGCUUAAAGAGUAACUUGCCAUACUAUACAGCUGUCCGGGCAUAUAACACUGCUGGAGCAGGUCCCUUCAGUGCCACAGUAAAUGCUACCACAAAAAAGACGCCACCCAGUCAGCCACCAGGAAAUGUUGUGUGGAACGUUACAGACUCGAAGAUAGUUCUGAACUGGGACCAAGUGCGAGCAAUGGAAAAUGAAUCUGAAGUAACUGGAUAUAAGGUUUUAUACAGGACUAGCAAUCAAAACAAUAUGAAUGUGCUGAACACAAAUAAAACAUCGGCUGAACUUUUGCUGCCAUUCAAUGAGGAUUACAUUAUAGAAGUAAAAGCAACAACUGAUGGUGGAGAUGGAACUAGCAGUGAUCAGAUCAGGAUUCCCAGACUAACUAGUAUGGACGCAAGGGGUUCUGGUGCAUCAGUCUUGAAUGUCUACACUUUAUCCAGUUUCAUACCAAUAGUACCUUUCUUGUCUUUUAAUGCAGUGUUGUGGUAA